CCGUUUUUAAAUGUGCCACGACAAAUAACUAAACUGUGUACUUUGGGUCCCAUGACAUAUAAAAAGGGUCGGAGGGAGGGAGUACUGUAUUACUAUUUAUGGUAUCUGUGUGUGUUUGCGCGCAUCGUGGCCUGGGAACCGCCAAAUUAAAAAAAGGAACGACACCAAUUAUUAUUAUUAAGAGCUAAUAAAAAUUUCAACAAAUUCUCUCCUAAUUUGCUGUAGAGAUGGGGUUUGUAGAUCUGUUUUGUGCUGCUUCUAUGCCUGUGCUCAAAGUACUCAUAGUAACCGCGCUUGGCUCAUUUUUAGCCUUGGAUUCCAUUGACAUUUUGGGACCAAGUACAAGGAAACAAGUCAAUAAUCUUGUGUUCUAUGUCUUCAAUCCAGCACUUGUAAGCAGCAAGCUUGCUAGUACACUCACUUAUGAAAGUUUCAAAUCAUUGUGGUUUAUGCCCGUCAAUAUUCUUCUAACAUUCAUAAUUGGAUCCGGACUUGGAUGGGCACUUAUAGUCAUUGCAAAACCACCUCAACAUCUAAAGGGCCUCAUCAUUGGUACCUGCGCAGCAGGCAACCUUGGAAACUUGCUUUUGAUAUUAAUCCCUGCUGUAUGCAAAGAGAAGGGGACUCCUUUUGGAGAUCCUAAUGUUUGCUAUGACUAUGGGAUAGCUUAUGCUUCACUAUCCACGGCAAUUGGAGCUGUGUUUUUGUGGUCUUAUGUUUUCAACCUAGUGCGGGUUUUUUCGGACCAUUCCCAGCAUUCUGGACACAAUGUUGUCACCCGUAUUGAAGAAUCAGAAACCAGGGCAGAGGAUUUGACCCAAAGUUUGCUUCCAUCAUCUACAACUUCUGUUAAUACGAAGAUAAAAGUGAAGGUGAUUUUAGGGAAGAUGAAGCAACAUCUUGGAAACUUUUCAAGACAGGUUAACUUGAAAGCAGUGUUUGCACCAUCAACCCUUGGAGCGAUUGUCGGAUUCAUCAUUGGAACAAUAGCACCAAUACGUAGGCUACUUAUAGGCACCACAGCUCCUUUCAGGGUGAUUCAAGAUUCUGCGUCUUUAGUAGGGGACGCAGCGAUUCCAACUGUAGCAUUGAUUUUGGGAGGGAACCUCUUAAGAGGUCUUAAAGGGUCUGGCAUCUCACUACCACUUGUCUUUGGGAUUGUAGCAGUUCGGUAUGUUUUUUUGCCACUUUGUGGAAUUUUAAUCGUCAAAGGAGCGCUUUAUCUCGGCUUAGUACAUGCAGAUCCUCUCUAUCUCUUUGUUCUUCUACUACAGUUUGCAAUGCCGCCAGCUAUGAACAUUGGCACGAUGACCCAGUUAUUUGGUUCUGGUGAGAGUGAAUGUUCGGUGAUCAUGUUGUGGGCUUAUGGUUUUGCAUCGAUCUCGCUUACCCUCUGGUCAACCUUCUUCAUGUGGAUUGUUGGUUAAUUUAUUUAACUUGACCCCCCAGCUAGAGGCUUUCUAGUUUUGGUCCGAUAUUUUUCUUCAUUUUCUGUAGAAGUACCAUGACUUGUGACCACCACAUAGCAUAUGGUGGAUGCAUUUACAUACGUGGAUACUUUCUGAUAAUUUAUGAAAAUUCAGUAACAAUAACA